AUCGCAUUCUCAUCGUAAAAGAGAGGUUCGGUGUUUUGAUUCAAUUCCCUCGUUUUGUUAGUGCAUAUUGCCAGUUAACAUGUCGUCCAGAUACGACCGCGCUAUUACCGUGUUCUCGCCCGACGGCCAUCUGCUGCAGGUGGAGUACGCGCAGGAAGCGGUCCGCAAAGGUUCCACAGCCAUCGGUGUCCGUGGUAAGGAUGUUGUGGUGCUCGGCGUGGAGAAGAAAUCGGUCGCAAAACUGCAGGAGGAACGCACCGUCCGAAAGAUUUGCCUGCUCGAUCACCAUGUCGUGAUGGCGUUCGCUGGGCUGACCGCCGACGCACGAGUAUUGAUUAACCGUGCCCAGGUCCAGUGCCAGUCGCACAAACUCUCCGAGGAGGACCCGGUUACGCUGGAGUACAUCACCCGGUACAUUGCCGAACUGAAGCAAAAGCACACUCAAAGCAACGGACGACGACCGUUCGGUAUAUCCUGCCUGAUCGGUGGCUUCGACUACGACGGUGUCCCGCAUCUGUACAAAACGGAACCAUCCGGAGUCUACUGCGAGUGGAAGGCGAACGCGACGGGACGAUCGGCGAAAACGGUACGCGAAUUUCUCGAGGAACACUACUCACCGACUGCCGUAAGCACAGAGGAAGGCACCAUCACGCUGGCGAUUCGAGCGCUGCUGGAAGUGGUGCAGUCCGGACAGAAAAGCCUAGAGGUUGCGGUUAUGAGGCGCGACGAACCGAUGAGAAUGCUGGACGCCCAAACGAUCGAGGAGUACGUGAAAAAGAUCGAACUGGCCAAGGAGGAGGAGGCGGAGAAAAAGAAGGCAAAGAAAUGAUUCUCUCGAAGGAAGGUCGUUUACGUUUUGCAUUGUCAUCUUUUUUUCUUACGCCUCUAACUGGAAGAUGGAUCAAGUCUGACCUGGUGGUUCAUAUAAAAUAUUCGUGAAAAGAUACUAAACACGCUUAAUGUCACGGAUGAUCAGUUCUUUCUU